AUGACCUCUCAACUUCCCAAAUUUCGAGUUGCCGUGUGUGGCGGUGGUAUCGGUGGUAUCGUCACCGCAUAUGCUCUCGGAAAACUCAAAGAUGUCGAAGUAGAGGUCUACGAAGCGGCGUCCGAGUUCGCAGAAGUCGGUGCUGGUAUUGGGAUGAACCGGAGAUCAUGGGAGGUUCUCAAAGACCUUGGAUUGGAGGAAGCUUUGCUGAAGUAUACACCUUCGGCUCCGAAUUCUAACGAGAUAGUUCCAUCUAUAUAUGCUUUUAAAUCUGACCAACCGGAACCCGGUGUCAACUUCAUCACCGCUAGCAUGCAGGGCGGAAUUGCACCUUUCUUGCGCUCGGACUUCCACGGAGCCAUCAUCAAACAACUCCCGCCCCGCGUUCGGACAUUCACCUCCAAACGUCUCGUCUCCUACAUAGAAUCUCCAUCAUCAUCUUCAAUCACUCUCACAUUCACAGACGGCUCUACUGCAACUUGUGACAUUCUUAUUGGCGCAGAUGGAGUCAAGUCCGCAGUGCGAGGCUACAUGCUUGAGGGACUGGCGAGAAAGGCCGAGAAGGACGACGAUAUUCAGAAAGCCGGUGAUCUGCGCGGACUCGUCAAAGCGAAAUGGAGUGGCGUUAUGGUUUAUAGAGUUUUGGUUCCUGCUGAGAAACUCGCCCAAAUCGACCCAGAACAUCCCGCUCUCAAACGUCCUGUACAGUACUUCGGGAAGAAUCGCCACACGGUCUCGUAUCCUGUUGCACAGGGCAAAAUCGUGAACCUUGCCAUAUUCGAGGCAGACUACACACGAGAGGGCAUUCUUUACCCUGAGCCCUGGGUAGAAUCGCACGUGAACACCAAAUCAAUCAUUGAGGCAUUCAAGGACUGGGACCCGAAUGCGAGGCAUCUAGUUGGCGCCAUUGAGGGCUUGAACGUGAACAAGUGGGCUGUGAAUGUCGUCUCCGGACUUCCGUCGUUCAGCUCAUCUCGUGUGGCGUUGCUGGGCGAUGCGGCCCACUCGAUGACACCCUUCCUAGGUGCUGGUGCCGGGCAGGCCAUCGAGGACGCAUAUGUCAUAUCUGCCCUCCUCUCUAGCCCUCUCACCACGCGUGACACUAUACCUAAAGCUCUCGAGAUAUAUUCUCGCAUCCGCCUUCCCGUCGCAUACCUCGUCUUUGAGCGUUCUCGUCAGAGCGGAAGAUAUUGUGGUUUCUAUGAUCCCGAGAACCCGGGUCUGGAGUCGGGUGCGUGGGAUUUGGAGAAACUUGCGGAGGAUUUGAGGGAAAAUAGGGAGUGGCAUUUGGGUGUACCACAUCCCAAGGAGGCCAUGGCGAAGGCGUUGGCGUUGUUGGGGGAAUGUGCGAAACUGACUUGA